CAAACAUCCCUGUAAGAUGGCGGCGCUGUGACGGGCAGUCCCUUUGCUCCUUCCUGACUUGUCCGAGGCUCCAGGUUUUGGUCCACGUGAUAUGAGCCGCAGAGCGGGGACCUUAGGCCAUGGAGAGAUCGCCGGAAGAUGCGGGAGGGAGCCCGGCCACCCUGUUCCAGCUGUCCGCCCAGGCGGUGACCGCAGACAUGGAGCGGCUGGAGGAAGACGUGUGGGGGCUCCCGUCUGUCGUCCUUCAGGGCCUCCUCCCGAUGCUUAAUAUCUAUUACCUGGAGAGGAUCGAGGCGGCAGCCGUGCGGAAAGGGCUCUCCACACAGUCCGUCUGGUGUAAGUUGUGGAAGGACAUCAUGAAGAGUAAACCGUCCCGACUGGUGACAGUGAUGUGCUGGAGGAAGAAGUUCCUUGAAGCGUUUUUCCACAAUGUCCUUCGCGGGAUCCUUGACGUGUCCUCUGACCGGCGGCUGCACGACCGCCGCUUCUCCCCGCUGGUGCACAGCGCGCGCCAUGUCUCGGAGCUGACCAUCUGUAACAAGCAGCAGGAGGUGACGGAGCUGACCCCCGCCCUGCUGCAGAGCCUGGCCCAGUCUGCGGAGGCGCUGAAGUUCCUGCACCUGCGCUCGUCUGACCCCGACACCCAGAAGUGCCUGCGCCUGCUGCUGCACCACCUCAUCCACCACGGCCACGUCAACAAGGUGUCGGUGCUGUCCUGGCCCUGUCCUGACAACCAGCUGCUGGACCUGAUCCUGACAAUGAGCGCCGGCUACUGGCAGCCUGCCCCAGACUGCCCCUGCAGCUCCUGCCUCCCGGCUGACAGCGCCCCCGGCAGCAGCGAGGAGCGGAGCGGCGCCAUGUUAAGCCUGCAGCCCCUUAAUAUCAGCCAGAAUGUCCCUGCCUCAUCUACCUCAUGUGGGGGCCCGGGCGGGGGCCACUCCUCUGAGCCCAGUGACUUGUAUGACUUCAUUUUUAGUGUUUCAGCAGUGGAAGAGAGCGCCCCCGAGGCCUCCUGUGUGGAAGGGGUGAGAAGUGUGGGGGCGUCACCGUUAUCUGGGGCCGUGCUUUUCAAGAGUGUCAAAGCACUCAACCUACAUAACAUCCCCCUUACUUUACCCUCCUGUCGCUCUCUGUGCCGCCUGCUGCGCUCGUGGACGUCCCUGGAACGGCUGACUAUGGCGUACAACGAUCUAGGGGCCAAUAUCGCUCUGGUUUUGGAGGCGUUGUCUGCCCUGUCGCGGUCUCCUGGCUGCUGCCUCAGGGUCUUCUCUCUGAGUGACAUCACCACCUACGUCCCCAUGCUGGAGCUGGUGCAGACGUUGCUCAGGAACCUCCCGAACCUUCAUCUGUUGUCCCUCAGCUACGACCUGGAGAGUCAGAGUGACUGGGAGAGUCCUGGUGCUGGAGCCGCGCAGUGCGCAGACAAUGGCUUACAGCAGCUGGAGCUCCGCUUUCCUCAUGACCCUGUGCGGGUGGAGCAUCUGGUGCCCGUGCUGAAGGCGUCCUCCUCCCUGGUGGAGCUCUCUCUGGACAAUGCCACCUUUUCAGACCAGGACGAUCUGAGGCGCGUUCUGCGGGUGAUUGCAGACUGUAACGUUCUACUUCGGAGGCUGGGUUUCCAUGAUAUGAAGAUGUCGGACGCUCCCCGUGAGAUUUUGCACUUACUUAGUCUUUCCAGACUUGAAGAAAUUAAGUUCUCGUUCUGCCGCCUCUUCGAGACGUCGUCGGCUGAUUUUGUCGCAGAGUUUGUCGCCGCUGUCAGAAGAAACCCGUCUGUGAGGAUCCUGACGCUUAACGGGAACCGCCUGGGUAAUGAUGGGCUGUGUGCACUGGCUGAGCUCUACUCCCCCGACUCCCGCUCUGGAAUCAUCUACUUGGAUGUCAGCUCCAACUGCAUUAAGCCGGACGGCCUGCUGCGCUUCACUAAGAAGCUGGAGGGGUUCGGGAAACUCCCGCUGCGGCAGCUGGACAUCUCGCAGAACCUACUGGACCGGGACCCUGUACUCGCCAGGGAGGCCCUGCAGGCUCUGGAGGGUGUCUGUCGGGUGGUCCGUGAUAGCUGGGACUCCAGCCAGGCCUUCUCUGACCAUGUCAGUGUCAUGUGACGUCAGGCUGCUCACCCCGGGGAUUGGGGUGAAUGAGAAGCUGAGGCAGAAACCCCC